CUAAUAAAUGCUAAACCAAGCCUAAGGUGGUGCGGCAGGCAGCAGUUUUUCGGGAUUAAUGAAUGGCCGCACAUCACCGGUUGUGUCCAAAGCUAAGAACCUUCUCAGCGCCACCAGGGCCCAGUGCGAGUCGCUAUUCCGCCACUACGCCGCCGCCAAGUGUCUGGCGGAUACCAAGCGACUCCAUGCUGGCAUUAUCACAACUGGUCUCUUCUCCUCUCAUCCAUCCGCCCGCCUUGUUUCUGUCGUCUGCACGGCCUAUGCUGCGUGUGGCCAUGUUUUCCAUGCGCGGAAACUGUUCGAUGAAUUGUCUGAACCAAGUUUACUACUAUGCAAUACCGUGAUAAGAGCCUACGCUCACAAUGGUUUACCCUACGAGGCGCUCGGGCUCUUUGUUCAAAUGCUUGCAUCGGGGUGCUCUAGGCCGGAUAUGUACACGUAUUGUUUUGUUAUUAAGGCCUGCGGCGAUUUAUCGUUGCUUGAUUUGGGUGUCCCGGUUCAUGGUUUGGCGGUGACCAGCGGCGUUCACAUGUACACACUAGUGGGAAAUUAUCUGUUGGCAAUGUACAUGAAUUGUGGUAAGAAGGAGGUGGCCAGAAGGGUUUUUGAUACAAUGAAGGAGCGUGGCGUGGUUUCUUGGAACACUAUGAUCAGUGGAUAUUUUCAGAAUGGGAGUGCAGAUGAAGCUUUGCAGAUAUUCAAUAAAAUGGUGGAUUCAGGGGUGAAGCCAGACAGUGCUACCAUCGUUUCAGUUUUGCCAGCUUGUGGCCGCCUCAGGGAUUUGAAUUGCGGGAUGAAGGUUCAUAAAUUGGUGGAAGAGAAUGGUUUAGGAAGCAAAAUAUCUGUGAGCAAUGCACUGUUGGACAUGUAUGUCAAGUGUGGUAAUAUGAUUCAAGGACAGUUAGUUUUUGAUAAGAUGGAGCAGAGGGACGUGGUGACUUGGACUACCAUGAUCAACGGGUACAUUUUAAAUGGUGAUGCAAGAAAAGCAUUGAUGCUGUGUCCAUUGAUGCAAUUAGAAGGUGUAAGGCCCAAUUCAGUUACUGUGGCUUCUCUUCUUUCAGCAUGUGCCAGUUCGCACUUUUUGAAGCGUGGUCGGUGCUUGCAUGGAUGGGUUCUAAGACAAAAACUUGAAUCUGAUGUUUCUGUGGAAACUGCAUUAAUUGAUAUGUAUGCCAAAUGCAAUUGCCUUCAAAUUAGCCUCCAAGUGUUUGCAAGAACUUCAAGAAGAAGAACAGUCCCUUGGAAUGCAGUUCUAUCUGGUUCUAUUCAUAAUGGUUUGGCAGUGGAAGCAAUUCACCUUUUCAAAGAAAUGCUACUGGAAUCAGUAAUGCCUGAUACUGCAACCUUGAAUAGCCUCCUUCCUGCUUAUGCCAUUCUAGCAGAUUUGCAGCAAGCAAUGAACAUACAUGGUUUCGUAAUACGAUCAGGGUUUGUAUCUAAACUAGAAGUAGCCACUGGUUUGAUUGAUAUAUACCGUAAAUGUGGAAAUUUGGAGUUUGCUCACAAGAUAUUUAAUGGGAUUCCCACAAAGAACAAGGACAUUACUUGCUGGACUGCAAUCAUAGCAGGCUAUGGAAUGCAUGGAAACGGUAAUAUUGCUAUUUCUCUUUUCUAUCAAAUGGUUCAAUUGGGCAUUGAACCAAAUGAAAUCACUUUUACGUCUGUUUUGCAUGCUUGCAGCCAUGGUGGUUUAGUGGAUGAGGGUUUACACUUGUUCAAAUUCAUGCUUGAAGUUUGCAAAAUGACACCAAAUUUCGAACAUUACACUUGUAUUGUCGAUCUUCUUGGCCGUGCAGGUCGGUUGAAGGAUGCUUAUGAGCUAAUUAGAACAAUGCCCUUUGAACCUAACCAUGCUAUAUGGGGUGCAUUGCUUGGUGCUUGUGUGAUGUAUGAGAAUAUUGAACUAGGAGAACUGGCUGCAAAGUGGCUUUUUAAGUUAGAGCCAGGUAAUACUGGAAAUUAUGUGUUGAUGGCUAAUAUUUAUGCUGCUGCGGGGAGAUGGAAAGAUGCAGAGCAUAUGAGACAUAUUAUGAAAGAAAUUGGAUUAAGGAAAGAACCAGCUCAUAGUUUGAUAUAAGGUCAGAAGCAUUUGAAGCUGGUUUAGUUUCUGUCAUGGCAAAGGACAAAAGUGUUUGUCAGCUUCAACAGGAGCAUACCCAGAUUCUUCUUAAGACAGAAAAACUGAAAAUCAAUAUUCUUUAGAAGUGGAGGCUUGCACCAUAAAAAAGGGAAAACACUAGGAAGUGGAACCUUCUUACCCUGUCUAACAUCUUUUGAAACUAGAUAACUUGUUGACACAUUGUAUUAAUGGUUGAAGGUGGCUUUGAGUUGUCUGAUUGCUCUCUUUACUCUGCUUCGUCAAGUUUUUCCCUUUCCUUGUACCAAAACCCUGCCUCUCCACCUCCCAAAAAUGAAAUAGAAAAGGGGAAAAAAAAAAAAAGACAUGCACAACAACAACAACAGGGACAUUAAUACAGUAAACACUGCUUUUGUACAGCAGUAGGCAUGUUUAUUAAAAUUACUAAUUGAUAAAUCCAGUUCAAGCUGGAGAGACGCAUCUGUGAAUUCCAGUUGAGUGCAAUUGAGGUGGAUUUAGUUAACUUCAUAAGUGUUCUCAUUACAUGGGUUUGAGUUAGUUUACAGAUGAAGAUUCUUCUGUUGCCGUGUCAUUUUUUUUAUUGAACGAGUUCAUCUGGAGAUCAUAAUCACCAUUUGAAAAUUGAGUGUGGCUUAGAAGAUCAGAAGGUUUGUACAGUUGCAUUCAGGUAUGAUAAUCAUCCAGAUGAGCUAAGAUUAUGACAUCUGCCCUGCAUUGCAAUAGUUGCAGAUGGUUUCAGUCUUUUGAUAUGUUAAUUUGUGCACGCCAGUUCGUGGGAGUGGAGAGUGUUCCUUGCUGCUGACCAACAUAGGUAUCAUAUUGUUUAUGCAACUCGACUUCCAUUUAUCUGUACAUUUUUCCUUAAGUGAUGUCAUAUUGCAGUUCAUUGAAAAUUCUGUAAAGUUCUUGUGUGGGAUUCACAUACUUUGAUUUGGAGAGGCUCAAAUGCGUUUAAUAUGUUUAAGGAGUAACUACUUUUUAUUUCUGUAGUUUGGACAAAUAUGUGUGUAUAUAUGUAAAUAUAUUUUCAGAAGUGUAUACAUAAACUCCUUAUACUUCAUUCUAAAAUGAAAUGUAAACAGUAUUCAAUUUAACAGUGACACUGCUUCACACACUAAUUUGUCCCAUAAAGACUUUAGAACAAAUGGAGGUUUAUGUAUUAUUUUUUUAAUAUUUUCACUUAUUUUUUGAAGGAAUGGUAAGAAUUGGCAGUUUUACAUGAUUUAGUUCACAGUUUUGGUGGAUUAUGUAUUGUUUUCUCGUUUUUAUUUGUCAAUCAAUGGUAAACACGACUAUCUUACAUAGGUCAUUACUUAUGUUAUAUAUUCUGCAUGCUGGAUUCAGUUUGUGCUGGUCUCUAAAUGUUGGUCACUUCAUCAUUUUAAAGCAUCUACUGGCACCAAUCAAUUUCCUAUCCUUUCUAACGAUGAUGUAUACUUAAAAGUAGUAUUGCACCAUGUAAACUAAUUUAUUAAAUGUGCAACAUUCAAAGCAAGAAAUGAUAGGUUUCGGAAUCCUUUGAAUAUGGGACAAUGAAAGCUAAACUGUACAUGAUGAAAUUGAUAAUUGUGAUGUAACACUGAAUCAUUUAUUUAUAAACGUAGAAGGGAGAAAAAAAGGCUUCAAAAUAUCACCCGGCCAAGUAUGAUUUUAUAUCGUUAUUUGCAUACUGAUGCCAUUCUUUUCGAUACAUUUGUUAAAUAUGAUCUCAGUCCAUUAUUAGAUUAUGCAUCUUCUGAUCCUGUUUCGCACUUUCACAUGUUGUAUCACGUAUGUGAUAUAUAGGGUUGAUUCCAAAUCUCUCUCUCUCUCUCUCUCUCUAUCCCGUAUGUGAUAUAUAGGGUUGAUUCUGUAAUUUGAAGGAAAAGCAGGUAAUUCCCAUGCAAGUGGAAUGGAGCAAAAGACCCACUUUGUAUUCACUAAUUAUCUACUCCUUGGACUUGGAUAAAGAUUAAACGGAUCAUGAUCCUGUCUUUGUAGAAUUUUCUUUUCCCUGGCAUUUGAUUUGUUUGGUGACAUUCAUACCCUGCCAUGAUUCAUAAGAGAACAUCAUUAACUUACCAUUCUUAGUAGAUCGCGAACCUUCAAGGCCCUAGGCAUUAUAGUCACAAUUUAUGAUCGCCAAUGGAGGAAAAAAGAAGGGUUCGAUUAAGUUCUCAUCAGCCACCAUUACUGUCAAUCUUGUAUUGUGGCUUUCCUUUCUUGCACAGCAUUCCCCUUAAAUCUCUGUUUACGCGCAUCUGGCCACAGAGAAUAAGACGGGCACUUUUGUUGUCCGAACCUUAUUGUCUGAAUCUCUGUUCAUGUACGCCUGAUGAAGACGAAAAAUGGACAGGCAGUGUAGCCAGGUGAAAAAUAGACUGUAAGAUUCAUGCUGUGGAGAGGCAUGCAUGCAUCAUUCCCUUUACAGGGUCAGUGCAAGCUAGAAGAAAAGCGUUUUCAAACAAGAACAAAUACGCAAGGACAGUUUAUCAUGCAAUGAAGUGGGGAUAGUCAUCUUGUUGUUUGAUGGAUUUAGGACCAACUUUAGGAGGCGGCAUCCAUGGACCAACUGUUCCUUGAGGCCAAUUCACUGAUCCAAGCCAUGUGCUAGUACUCUUUUGGCAUUCAGCAUAUGCUUUUGGAUGGCCCUACAUAGUGCUCUAUGAAGAAUGUGAGAGCCACGGCUACCACAUUAAUUCUUUGCAGCUUAAUUGAAAAAUGAAAUUUGUCUUUGGAUCUUUAUGCCGUGAUGGUUUGUUUGUUCUCUUGCUUUUUAGGCUCCUGGGAUGAAGAGGAGUACAUGGCUACUGUCUACUUUUUACGUACUCUGGCUGCUUUAAUUCCCAUGGUAUCAUGUAUCUGUGGAAUGUGGAAGUCUUUUCU